CUAGGCCUCCCCUUUCUCCCCGCCCUUCUCCCGCUGCCCGGCGCUGCGAGCGAGCGACUGCUGCGCGGAGGCUGAGGCGCUGCGGCCCGCGGAAGGACCAUGUUCCGCCGAAAGCUGACGGCGCUGGAUUACCACAACCCGGCCGGCUUCAACUGCCGAGAUGAAACAGAAUUUAGAAACUUUAUUGUGUGGCUCGAAGACCAGAAAAUCAGACACUACAAGAUUGAAGACCGAGGAAGUCUAAGAAACAUACACAAUGACGAAUGGCCUAAAGCCUUUGAAAAGUAUCUGAAAGAUGUUAACUGUCCCUUCAAGAUACAAGAACGACAAGAAACCAUCGAUUGGCUUCUUGGGUUAGCUGUUAGGCUUGAGUAUGGAGAUAAUGCUGAUAAGUAUAAGGACUCCACGCCUGACAGUGCUAAAAAUACUGACAAUGCAGCAAAAAAUGCAGAGCCACUGAUAAACUUGGAUGUGAAUAAUCCUGACUUUAAGGCUGGAGUGAUGGCUUUGGCUAACCUUCUUCAAAUCCAGCGACAUGAUGACUAUUUGGUAAUGCUUAAGGCAAUUCGCAUUUUGGUUCAAGAGCGCUUGACUCAGGACGCCAUAGGAAAGGCAAAUCAAUCGAAGGAGGGUUUGCCUGUUGCUUUAGAAAAGCACAUUCUUGGUUUUGACACCGGAGAUGCUGUCCUUAAUGAAGCUGCCCAAAUUCUUCGAUUGCUGCAUAUAGAGGAACUCCGAGAGCUGCAAACAAAAAUUAAUGAAGCCAUCGUAGCAGUUCAGGCAAUUAUUGCUGAUCCAAAGACAGACCACAGACUGGGGAAAGUUGGAAGAUGAGCAAGUUGACUGUAGUCUCUUGUGUACUUAGUUCCUAAUUGUACUAAGUACAACUCUGGCAUGCAUUUUGAAAUGGAUAUUCCACUGUUUUGAAAGAGAGCAAAGAGGAAAUGGAAUUCUGACUGGUCUAGUGAAUUACCAUCAUUUUUCUUUAAAUAAAGUUGGGGAAAUAGAUACAAAUUGUUCUGUUUAGCUAUAAGUUGCUAAGUAUAGUAGUCACUCAUUCCUUAUCUUUGAUUUUGUGUUUAAAAGGGCGUGUUAUAUAAAGAUUUGUGGAAUUCUGUGUUGCUAUAUUCCUGCAUUAUGAAA